AGGGCUCAUUGUUUAAGACUAUCAGUCAAUUGAUACAGAAACAUGACAAGCCAUGUCACUAAGAGGCCACUGAUCAUUCGGGAUGAAAAUUUGGGCAUCCCUCACAAAAAGGCUGUGCUUGAUGGAGUAACAAAGAAUUCUAAACCAGCUGCGAAGAAAGGUGGAGAAGGGCUUGGAGGCCGUAAAGCUCUCAAUGAUAUUACAAACAAGUCAUCCGUUCUUCAUGAAGCAUCAACAAGAAAAAAAAAUUUACUGAAAGAGGAGUUUAAUAUUGCAGACGAAAAGUUUUUGCAUGAUCACACGAAAUGCAUUGAAGUAAAGGAAGCAGCAAUGAAACCUCGUUUCUUUGACACAGUUCUUCCUGGGCAUGAUUCCAUGUCUUCUGUUGAAUUUGCGGAUUCUAAUUCAGUGAAGGCUAAUCCUGAUAGCCCCCUCUGCUACCCAGAACCAGUAGAGUUGCCCAUGACCGAAUUCUCUGACUGGUUGAAGUCUUCAACCCGACAGUCUUCUCCUAUAAACUGGGACUCUCCACCUUCUUCUCCUUUCGCAUGGGGAUUUGAGGCUGUUGAGUUUUUGCUGAAGCCAGAAAAUGAUUGUCGAUUGUGACCUAGUUGUUACACUUUCUUCAUUCAUGAUGGACAAUCUCAUGCUUACCUCUGACAAACUCACAUCUUAUGCCGAUGAUUCCAUAGAUUUUCUUUCAUCCGAGACUUUCAUUGAUUUAAUGUGUUGUAUGUACAUUUUACCCUUUUAAUUAAAUAAUUUGUUAUACCUAAAUCCAUAUUUGUACCAUCAUGCAUAUGCCCAGUAUGAUGUUGAGUUGAAAGUUGAAUGUCAUACCAUUACUUCUAGUACUUGUUCAACUACUUC